UUCGACUGGAGAGAUCUAUGAAAACCGCAAGUUUCGUAAUGGCUUUGAAGAUUUGCAUCGCGCUAGUAUUGCUGGCAACCUCGUUCGCUGCGCCUACGUCAUACGUUCCGCCGGAGGCCAGAACGAACAUCAUAGUUGGCAGUUCUUUGACUGGGCCGCGAACGUUCGACGAACCUGGAGCUUCGGCUGGCGCUCCUGCGCUUCCAGCUCCCUCGUCGCCAGGUUCUGAUGGCAAUCGUCAACAAGUCUUCCAAGACGCUAGCCUCUUUACGCCUAACAAUCCUGUAGAUGUGCGCAGCAAUCGUGAAGAAACUGCUCAGAGCGGUGGUAGAUUUCAACAGUUCACUGCGCCAAGUUCUCCCGUACGCGCAUCUAGUGAUCGCGCUCAAAACCUAGUUCCCGAUUCUUCAAGAUUAGGAGUUCAGCCGCUCAACUUUGGAACUUCAUCUUCCGGCACCUCUGAUGUGGCAGAAGUUUCUGGUGCAAGACGUGGGGUAAACUUGGGUGGGCUAGUGUCUCCUUACGAAAACCACGUCUUCCCAAGAUCUGGCCCUGUGGCUAUUACUGAGACUGUGAUUGUUCAGGUUACGAAGACCCAUACUCUCCGCGUUCCUGUGACCUCCGAUGUUUGGGUUACUUCAGUCACUCAAGUCAUAGUACCCGUCACACAGUACUCGACUGAGCGUCGCUAUGUCCCUGGUGUUGCUGGGACUGUAACUUCAGUAAUCAGAAUAACGAAGACGCCUGUCUCAGUUGUUACGAGGACGGAAGAAAUUUUCCCCACCAAAACGAUGUUGUCGGUCUUCACUCGGUUCAACACAGUGACAAGGAGCGUAGAGUUCUGGCAGCCAAUCGUCCAUGUCGCCACAAACUACGAGGUGCUGACAGUGCCGGUGCUUCAGACGCAGACUCUCCUCCAGAGAGUCUUCACAACGGUCACCGCCACCCGCACCAUAGACGUGACCUCUACAAGAUCCCUCGUUAUUCCCAGGGCUGGUCCCGUGCAACUACCUCGACGUUAUGGCUACGCGUUCUAGACUAGAACAAUGUAGCUUUGUGAACGGUAGAUACGAAUAAAAUGUCUAGAUUGUAAACUGACGACUCGGUUUUCCCCAAUAAAGUCGGCAAUCUGUU